AUGGUGUGCUAUCCUGGUGGAAGUAGCUAUCAGAAGAUGGGUACACUGUGGUUACAAAGAGAUGGACCUGGGCACCAACAAUACUCAGAGUUGAUGAUUGACAGGAAAGAGCCAGAGUUCCAGGAGCUGAACGAGAGGGCCCGAGCUCUGAAACACAUCCUAAGCACCCUGCCUGAUGAGAUCAAUGACCGAAUGGGCUUGCUACAUACCAUCAAAGAUGUUGCCAGUGCCAUCAAGGAGCUGCUAAACACUGUUAAUACUGUCUUAAGGAAAUACCAACAUCAGAACAGACGGGUAGUGGAACAGCAGAAGAAAGAGUUUGUGAAAUACUCCAAGAGCUUCAGUGACACUCUCAAAACCUACUUCAAAGAUGGAAAAGCAGUAAAUGUGUUUGUCAGCGCCAACCAGCUCACCCACCAAAUCAACAUGAUAAUGCGGGCCUUCAAGACUGGCGGCCCAGCGGCGGCGGCCCGAGAAGACGCGAAGAACAGACGCGCGCACACACAGGAGAAGCGUUUUCAUUAGAGGACAGGCGAAACAAGGCUUUUUAUUUGUAAAGGUGUUUUAUUAUUUUUUUUGGGGGGGGGCUGUAUAAUUUAUAAUUCUGUGGCUCUGAGGGGAGAUCAGGUAGUUUCGAGUUUCAAAGCACGUCAGGCUGACAGUAAUUGCUGGGGAUUUUUUUUACUCUUUAAUGUUGUUCUUUUAUCAGAUUCUUAAGUCAAUAUUUUCUACGCUCCCCUCUGCAUUUUCCACUCUGUUCAGAUCAUGUCAGUGUUUCCCUUGUCCUUAAAAGUUUGGCAAUUGCAUAUAAGUCCUUAAAAGUUAUCAUUUUGGCAAUUACUAAUAUCCAGCCAAUACGGUUUGUAGUCAUUUGUAAUUUGAUUGAUUUGCCAAAGACCAAGAUGCCAUCUUUAAAUGUUUUGUUUUUUGUUAUUUUGUUCUGACCAAAAGCCCACUGAUUCUAACCCUUUUUCUUUAGCUCCCCAUAGGUAUCAUCUAUAUGUGCCAUGUGUAUAUACAUGUAUACUUAACUGGACUUCUCUCGCUGUCUUGUAUUUUAAUGUUUCCAGCUAGAGCGUUACUGCUCCAAAGCUGCAGAUUUCAAUUCAUUUCAAAUGAGUGACGACUUAACCUUCACAUGUUUACGCAGAUGUCUCUGAUUAUGAACAUAUUGUCUCUUUGUCACCUUCUGUUCAACUCCUACUCUGUAGUUUUCAUGACGUUUUCAAGGCCAGUGAAAAUAAAAUGAAGGGACCUGAACUUCUUUGAGAACUCUUAAAGAAGUCAUGACGAGUUAAACCA